AUGAGUGCAAAGAAGCCCUCGGUUUGCCAAACAAAUCACUGUCAGGUUGACAGUGUGCACAUUCGUGUAAAUGGAGAGCAAUAUUGUGAUGAGUUCUACUUUCGUUUCUCUUCAGGUCUGGUGGAGAUUCUGUUGAUGCACCCUCUAGAUGUGGUGAAGACCAGGUUUCAGAUCCAGAGAGGCACCAGUGAUCCACACAACUACAAGAGCCUCGCGGACUGCUUUAGAACCGUCUUCCGCAACGAAGGUAUAUAUGGCUUCUAUAAGGGGAUCCUCCCUCCAAUCCUGGCUGAGACUCCAAAGAGAGCAGUUAAGUUCUUCACCUUCGAACAGUACAAGAAGCUGCUCAGUCUCACCGGUCUGCCCGCUGGCCUAGCUCUGUCAGUAGCAGGUCUAGGGUCAGGCCUGACCGAGGCAUUGGUGGUCAACCCGUUUGAAGUGGUCAAAGUCGGCCUGCAGGCCAACAGAGAUUCUUUCCAAGUGCAGCCCUCCACGUUUGCCCAAGCACGGAACAUCAUCAACGCAGACGGCUUUGGCCUGCGAGGGCUGAAUAAAGGGUUAACGUCGACCCUGGGGCGCCACGGCGUCUUUAACAUGAUCUACUUUGGAUUCUACUUCAACGUCAAGGACGCCAUUCCUGCCAGCCAGGACCCAACCCUGGAGUUCCUGAGGAAGUUUGCUAUUGGCCUGGCCUCCGGAACCAUCUCAUCCUGUGUCAACAUUCCCUUCGACGUGGCCAAAAGCCGCAUCCAGGCUCCCCAGCCCAUACCUGGAGAGAUCAAGUACCGGACCUGCUUCCAGACCAUGGGCCUGGUCUACCGGGAGGAGGGAUACUUGGCGCUGUACAAAGGACUGGUCCCCAAGAUCAUGAGACUCGGACCAGGUGGAGCUGUGAUGCUGCUGGUGUAUGAAUACGUAUCUGGAUGGUUAAAUAAGAACUGGUGAUGAGAAGAAGCCCACCAGCCUUGCCUUAAGGUGCCCACCAGGCAAUCUAUUAGGAUGCCCACCAGGUAGUUUACUGAAGCCCACCAGCCUUGCCUUAAGGUGCCCACCAGGCAAUCUAUUAGGAUGCCCACCAGGUAGUUUACUGAAGCGCACCAGGCAGCCUUAGGGGGCCUGCUGUCUCAGGUUCCAACAUCCACAGGCCUCCCUAAACCCUGUGACCUCCAAUAGACUGUUCCAGCUAGUGCCCGUCCCAUACAUACAACCAUUGUACAACCAGAAUGCAACCAUAGUACAACCAGAAUACAACCAUAGUAUAAUCGGAAUAGAACCAUAACGCAUAACACUGAUCUGUUAUCCACAUUGCAGCCAUACAACGUCCAAGCUCAUCUUCCAUUACACUCAAUAAUAAUCCACCUCGACAAAUCAAGGCCCUGCCUCAUUUAAUGCACAAACAUUAUUGGGAACAACUUAACACUUCUAAUACAAUAGCCAUGCAUGCCAUUACAUACUGUGUGCAUAGAUGAGUCCUAUAUUGUAUCUCGCUGCCAUACUAAUGUAAACCUAUUUAACAUACAGGGGGUUUAGAGUCCACUACAAACUCUUACAAACACACAGCCACGGUGUUCCAAGCCCAAAUGUCCAGAUUACACACACACACACACACACACACACACACACACACACGCUCCACCCACAGUGCAUUAAUUCAAAGUCGACUUCACAUAAACGUAAUCAGGCACAGGAUGAAGCCUCCUGUAAAAUUCUGCCAUUUUUGUACACAUUGAAUAGAAAUGACAAAAUCAUCAUCGAAGACAAUAGACUCGCAUUGAUAUCUUGAAAUAGUUUGUGAUUUUCUUUUCUUCUUUUUUUACGUAGAAUAUCUUUUUCAAAGUACCUAUGAAGCUACUUGUAUGUGACAGAUUAAAACACGUCAAACUUGAA